AUGGAUCAUGAAAGAAAGGAAAUGAAAUAAAGUGUAAUUCAAAAUUAGAGAGAACUAAAAUAUGAGAAUUAUAGACUUAUAAUUAUUUUAUAAUUAAACAAUAAUAAUAUAUUUCGAUGGAUCAGAAAAGACGAGCUAUAAUAGUUAAUUGAUGAGUAAAAUAAGGACGAGUUUUCGGAUGAUUAAGAUUUAGUGUCUCAUAUAGAUAUUGAGGAUUUUGAAUCUCGAUUGCAUACCAGCCAAUCUUUUGCGAGGGAAAAACCUCCACAACAGAAUCCGAGAGCUCAAUCUGGUAUGACUCAAACUGGGAAACAACCAUAAAGUGUGAAGGAUCUCAAUGAGAAAAUGUAGUAAAAUCUAGCAAAAAAACAAGCUAAUUAAUAAACAAGAGUGUAAGUACAAUAGAGAUCCUCGUAAUAGCAAUAAUUUUCACAAACCCAACAAGUUCAGAAAAAGCAAGACAAGAGGAAAUCUGUGGAGCCUAGGGCAAACAAUCCUCGUUAGGUUUUGGAGCAGGCUCAGAAAGACAAUUAGGAGUUACUGUAAAAGUUGGGAGCAAUGAAGAGGUAACUGCAAUCCUUGGAGGCUGAGAAUGCUGAGUUGAAACUUGAAAUUUAGAGGAAGGGUAAUUCGAGUGGGUUUUUGCCAAAGAUUGAGUAGGCAGCCAAUUCAGAGGCGAAAUUGUUGAAGAUGGAGAAUGAGGAAUUGAAGAGGAUCAUCUAAAAAUAAAAUGGCAGUGAUUCUGGGAAGAUGUUAUAAAUGUACGGUUUGUAGGUUGUGAAAUUGAAAUGUAGAAUAGAUGAGUUGACUUAAUAACUGGAGAAGCAGUGA